AUAUCUCGGUUACGCAUGCCUGCCUGCGCUCAGGGGCUGACACUCGACACCGACUAGGGUAACCUACUCGUUGUCUCGUUACGUUCCCAUCUCGCUGGAAUACCUUCUCGGAGAAUUGUCAAGUUCGUUACGUGUUAUACCUGUGCAUACAAUGUCACCCUGGCUUAGCGAUUUAUGACAUAAUUUGAAACUGUCCUUGAGAAGGAAAGAAAAUUGCGGGCAGUUGCACAGAUCCUGUGUUGGUUGCUGAUGAGAGUCUAAAGCCAUACGACACCUACACCCGCACGUGUUGGAGACGAGCAGCCAAACAGAUAUCCAAUAUGGGACAAAAAGUCAUGAAGACCAAACUUUUACCUUCCGACAUAGAUGACAUUAAAUCUCGAGUUAGCUUCACUGAUAUCGAAAUCCAUGAUUGGUAUGAAGAAUUCAAGAAAAGUGCUCGUGUCGAGAAAGGGAAGGAAUUCUUAACUGAGAAAGAGUUUAUUUCUGUCUACAACAAGGUGUUCCCCGGAGACUGCUCGGAUUACGUCCGACACAUUGUACGGACAUUUGACACUGAUGGCAAUGGAAGGAUUAGUUUUCGCGAGUUCCUGAUCGGUCUCAACGCGAGCGGAAGUGACGACUUUGACAAAAACCUGAGAUGGGCGUUUGAUGUUUAUGACAUAAGCCAGAACGGGAAGAUAUCCAAAUCGGAAAUGGAAGAAAUAGUUAAGUCUGUGUACAAGAUGAUGGACUUCAGUCGCGUUCAUCUUCCACCUGAGUACGCCACACCUGGUGACGUCGUCGAGAAGAUGUUCAAGGCCAUGGACAAGGACCAUGACGACAACAUCACGUGGGAGGAGUUCCGUGAAGGUGUAAUGACGGACUCGUUCCUGCUCCACCUUGUACAGUGUAACCCUCCCCAUGAUCCCGGGGACCAGCAUGGGGACUAACAUGGGGACCAGACAGUGCUCAGUUAGUGACGGACACCAGAUUGACCAUGUCUUGUUGCAUUCCCAGACAGACGCGCAGUUAGCUGCUCUUUAUUUUUUAAAUAGCUUUUUUGUAAUUAACAACCACCAGCUUCGUAUGGACGUCUCGAUGCAUUAAACGCUCCCCGUGAUCCCGGGGACCCAAAUGGGGACUAACAUGUGGACCAGACAGUGCUCAGCUAGUGACGGACACCAGCCUGACCAUGUCUUGUUGCAUUUACAAACAGGCGUGCAGUAAGCUGGUCUUUAUUUUAAAAUAGCUUUUUCGUAACUAACAACCACCAGCUUCUUAUGGACGCCCCGAUGUAUUAAACGUAAAACGCUAAUGUGUAUAUAUUUGCAAACGUCACAUCCCUGCUUCUAAACAGGCCAACUGUCUCAGAUAUCCAUGAUUCCCAGAUUCAUUUACUCCAGACUUACAUAAUGAUCAUAAUAUACAUAUACAGUGUUAAUGUAUAGCAUUAACACAGUCCAUGGUAUGUUUCCAUUGUUGCUUCAACCGCUCAUGUCAUGUCACAAACAGACAAUAAACAGUAUCAUUAAUU